AUGGACAGCGCUGGUCCAAUCGACUGGAGCACCGCGCUCCGCGGCUGGACGUUCGCCGACGUGCUCACGGCCUUCGAGGCGCUGCCCGAAUCGCUGCAGCAGCCGCUCCACGCAGCUCUGACCACCGCUCCGAAGCCAGUGCCGCCGCCUGCACCGUGGGCCGUCGCGGGUGGCUCAGUGUCGUGGCUGCUUGACGAGCUUGGCCUGAGCGGCCUGUAUGGCUCGACCUUUGCAGAGUACGGCGUGGAGACCGUCGCCCAGAUGCUGGGGCCGGAAGGCGGCGACCCAUCCGCUCUGAUCGCCAGCCUCCGCGAGCUGGGCGUCACCCGCGACCACCGCGACAAGAUCGAGCGCCUCGCCCGCUCUCCGCGGCCGUGCGGCGCGAGCGGCGGCUGCUUUGACCGGGCGUUUCUCGCCGCGUGCCGACCGCUGCACGCGCAGCACAUGGGCUGCGAGAACAUGGGCCCGCUGCUCUACUCGCUCGUCCGCUUCACAAAGGCGCAGGGCGGCGGGAGGGCGGGAGGGCGGGCUGCCCUCGCCGACAACGACGCGGAGCUCGCAGCUUGUGCCGCCGCGGUGGCAACAGACGGCUACACAGUCGCGCAGGCCGACUGGAUGGCCGAUGCCGGCGCGGCGACCGAGGCGGCGGCGGCCGAAGCGGCGGCCGGCGGCGGUGCUUGCGGCGGCGGCGGCAGCGACGGAGGCGACGGUGCCGGCGGCGGCGGGAGCCGCUUCUGGGUCUCGGCCGCGUGUGAGCGCGGCGCGAGCAUGCUGCAUGCGAUAGACGACAUGGGUGCGGCUGAGGGCGGCAACCGCGGCAGCGCGCACCUCAUCGAGGAGGCGGCGGAGCGGCUCGGGCUGCGGCGGCACCUCAGACUGCACCAAGGCGACGCCUACGAGAUGGCGGGGGCGCCGCUCUCGGACGGCGACGGCGACGCGAGCCAAGCAGAGGGAGACGGCAGCCCUGCUGCCGCCGCCGCCGACCUCGACGUGCUCUGGCUCGACUUUGGCCUCGGCGGCUCGACGCGCAUCGGCGCUCUCGCCAGCCACUUCUCCCCGACAUCACCAGCACGCUCCGCCGCCGCGCAGCGAGAGCGGCGAUCCGAGGCAGCCUCCGACGUCGCGGCCACGAGAUGCGGCCACUUGUGCGAGUUUGAGACGCUCUCGCUGCUCGAGCCUCACAAGCGCUACCAAAAUUCGGUCUCCAUCUUCCAGAAACGCGACGGCGGCUGGGCUGAGCCGCUGCACACAAUGUACCCGUGA